CAACAAGUUAGCACUACCAUCGUGAGUUCUAAAAUUCGUGGAAGACUCUCUCCGGUCUUAUCUUAGGGGUUGAAGACAACAAUGGCCUCAAUCCUUGCAAGAAGGUUAGAAGGAAAGGUUGCGUUGAUCACCGGCGCCGCCAGCGGCAUCGGCGAGAAGGCAGCAAGGUUGUUUUCUCGACAUGGAGCUAAGGUGGUGAUAGCUGACAUUCAAGAUGAUUUAGCGCAAAAAGUAUGCAAUGAAUUGGACACCGCGUCGUCACCCACCUUUGUCCGCUGUGACGUGACGAAGGAAUCCGACGUUGAAAACGCCGUCAAUGUCGCUGUUUCAAAAUUCGGCAAGCUCGACAUCAUGUACAACAAUGCCGGAAUCACGGGGCUUAACCGACCAAGCAUCCUAGAUGGCGAGAAAUCCAACUUCGAGCGCGUCAUUAGCGUAAACCUCGUCGGCGCGUUUCUCGGAACCAAACACGCUGCGCGCGUAAUGGUCCCGAACCGACGCGGCAGCAUAAUCACCACCGCGAGUGUGUGUGCCGUCAUCGGCGGUGUGGCGUCGCACGCGUACACGAGUUCGAAGCACGGCGUGCUGGGGUUAACGAGGAACACGGCGAUUGACCUGGGGCGAUACGGGGUUCGAGUGAACUGCGUGUCGCCGCACUUGGUGGCGACGCCAUUGGCUAAGGGUUUCUUUGACAUGACGGAUGAUGAAAUGGGGAAGGUUUAUUCUGCGUUCAAAGUGGAGGAGCUGACAGCGGAGGAUGUGGCGGCGGCAGCUCUUUUCUUGGCGAGUGAUGAAUCGAGGUAUUUGAAUGGAGAAAACAUUGUUGUUGAUGGGGGAUUUACGAUUGUCAAUCCAAACUUAUGUAUUUACAAAUAAAUAAUGACUCUCAAGAGCCGAUUCCUAUGAAUAAUCUAGACUAGCUUAUUUUUUUGUAAUCCUUUGUCGAUUAAGAUCACAAAGAGAUGUUUAUUCAGUACACAUCUUUGUUAGUAUUUGUAAGUUUCUCUCGUCACUCUAAAAAUAAAUAAUGUUAUGGCUAAGGAUAUGUAA